AAUAAAUAAUAAAUGAACUAAAUAUAUGAUUUGAUGCAGAUUAUCAAAACCUCUUAAUAAAGGGGGCAAGAAUUAAUGAUAGAUUCAUUUGUAAUUGGAUAUCUCUUUGGGAAGGGAAAUUUAAAAAAUAAAGAGGAUUUAUAAAUAUUUAUAGAAUAACUAAAUGAUAUUAAGCAUAGAAUAGAUGUAGGCGAUUUAUUUCCUUCUUCUAGAGAUGAGCUCAUUUUAAGUCGUUUAGGAAAUUUGUCUAUGUUAAUUAAGGGUGAGAAUAAUAAUGAUAAAUACAAAUAAUAAUAGAAAAAGAAAUAAGGAAAGGGUAAAGGAAAGACAAAUAUUUUGGCUUAGACAACACCUAUAAAUCCUUAAACAGAUCUAAAGGAUUAAAAUGAAUUGAAUUAGUUUUAAGAGGAGGAUACUGAAAAGUAAUAGAUCUAAAUGAAUUCUAAGAAACCCAAAACUUAGCAACCUUAAAAGUAGGGUGUGUAAACAAGAUAAUAAAUAGCCUAAUAAUAAAAAAAAGAAUAACAAAAAGACGAGUAACAAAAGGACGAAUAACAGAAAAAUGAAUGAAAAUACAUAUCAAAUA